AUGAUCAUCCCUCCCGACCCUGAGAAGGACCCAAACAUCUUUCGAGAAUCCGCCACCCCCUCCAUCUAUGGCGCCCCCUCAGAGCACUCGUACUUUGAGGGGUCCGCGUGGGAUGCCGAGUCAUUGCCGCCAUACGAAGGCCAGCGCUUGUCGCGUCUAUCAGUCCACAAUGACCUUGGCACAGCCACUGCCCUGGCUGGGUCGUCCUCACGCGAAGGCGAUGUCUUUUCAGAUGAGAGUGUGGCCCAACAGCCGCAGCUAGAGACGAGAGACCGAGGACGGCAGCCUGGCCUGGGUGUAGUCAUACCGCCCGAACCGACGCAUUCGUACCCCGGCCGACGUUCACCAACAGAUUCAACUGGUAGCCUCACGCCGACCGCUACGAGAGCAUCCUCCUCUUCUCUGCCCUCGUUCCACACACAUCACGGUGCUGUGCUGCUACACGGUGGAUCACAUAUAUCACGGAGUCCCUCUAUCGUGAGCACAACGAGAACAACGCUUCCAGUCGCGAGUACUUCCAAGCUUUGGGAAUCCUCGGCGUCGAAAGAAAAGAAUGUCCCCCUUGCGGCUUCGCCCACUUUCAGAAGAUGGUGGAGAAGAUGGGUACAGGGCGCGGUCGUAUUGGUUCUGAUCACCGUCGCGCUUGUCAUCGGUUUGUUGGUCGGCAUGAAGCAUGGCGGUGUGUCGAAACACGGUGUCUCGGCGCCUUCGUGGGAAGACAAAGACGGAACAGCGCGACAUGUAGCUAUCUGUGGGUGGAAUGAUCCGUUCAAUUUGACAUACACCGAAGCGAGAGACGGGCCUUCGCCCACUGAUGGCAACUUGACAAAUUGUAAUCGAUUCACACCCUUCAACUUUUCCUCCCCCUAUUCGUCUCUAUUUACGCCAUUCUCCGCCACCAGUGUCUAUAUGUCAACAUUCAACUUUCCUCUGCAGGCGAAUGCGUCUGCUCCUUCCGACCUGUUCAUCAAUGCGCGUGGUCUGGGAUCGACUGGAACAAUAACGUUCGUUGGCUCAGAUGGCAGUGAUGAUCUCAAGAACAGUGCGCCUGAGGAAAGCAUCACUGUGGAUGUCAUAGUGAAAUAUGCUGGGGCGCAGACUUUGGACUCGAUGAUGAAGGUCUGCGAAAUGAAUCGAGGUGAAGGUGGCGUGGGCGUAGGCAUCUAUAGCCCACUUCAGACAGAUAACAAGAUUACGAGCCGCGGCCUUCUCAACCCGACCUACGUCCCUACCACCCACAUCGUCAUCCGCGUGCCAGCCUCCAUCUAUAAUCAAGACGCACCCUUCACCUACUUCCCUUCCCUGUCGUUUGGCUUGGAUUACAUGCACCUCAGCUUGGGGGACCUCGAGGGGAUUGCGCAGUUUGGCGAGCUGAAUCUGUCGAAUGAUUCAGGCGGCGUGAGUGCAGGAUAUGUGGCAUUGCAGGCGGGAAACAUUGAAGCGAAGGGAGAUGUCAGGGGACAGUGGAAUGUUUCUGAGGGUAUCUUUGUGAAUGUGUUCUCUGGAAACAUCCUUGCGGACAUCAUCCUUCACGACCCAUCUGCGGCCUCUGACAACUCUACAACGCCUGACAGCACCGAUUCCGAUCCUGAUUUUGCCAUCGUCCGCCGAAAGUCUGCUUCUGCCUCCAGUAGACACAGAGUCAAUACCGGGUUCCGUACCGUUGACGGCUCACUGCAUGUGCGAUAUCUGCACCAGCCCACAACGGUUACUUUGUCCUCUAUGGUCUCGACUUUGCACGGCGAUAUCAGUCUGCAUCUUCAUCCAAACUUUGUCGGACCGUUCGCGGCCAAGACUAUCUGGGGAGAAAUCCGCAUACCCGACCCAUCACCUGUGCCAGGUUACGACCCCACAUGGCAGGGGCGGCAUAGGGCGGUGUCGCUGGGUCAGAUCACUGUGCAGAGCAACUCGUCUUUUGCUCGCGCUGGGAUGAACGCUACGGUACUUCAGAACAGUACCAAUACCAUCACGGGGGCGGCCUACUGGGCUGAUCUAGUUUCGAUCAAUCAAGGCUCGAGCGAGCAAAGCACAGGGGGAGAUACUGUCGCUGGGAACAGCCGGCGGAGUGAGAAGCGGGGCGAUGGCAAGACGACAGUACGCUACAAGACUGUCGACGAGGUGCAGGAUGAGGAGGGGGUGGACGGUGAUGAGGUGGUCGUGUUGGGUGCUUGGGGCAAUGUGGCCAUGGCCUUUGAUGGCUUAUGA